GAGUUGUUUGCGAUGUGUAGUUGGCCAGGCUGUGCGAAAUUGACUGACCUGAUUGUGUUAUGAUUUGAUUUUGUGUCAGUCGCUGAUCGAUGUUCUUCUCUUUUCUUGCAGUAUUAUGUGCCAAGAAUCUAGCAAAGAAAGACUUCUUCCGCUCAUGUGUUUCUGUCACAGGGUUACCUGACCCUUUCGCCAAAGUCGUUGUUGAUGGCUCAGGCCAGUGCCACUCGACAGACACAGUGAAGAGCACACUGGACCCCAAGUGGAACCAGCAUUAUGACCUGUACAUUGGCAAGACAGACUCCAUCACCAUCAGCGUGUGGAACCAUAAGAAGAUCCACAAGAAACAGGGCGCCGGCUUCCUGGGCUGCGUGAGGCUGCUGUCCAACGCCAUCAGCCGACUCAAAGACACUGGCUACCAGCGUUUGGACCUAUGCAAACUCAACCCCUCAGACAGCGAUGCAGUACGUGGGCAAAUAGUAGUGAGCUUGCAGACCAGAGACCGGAUCGGCAGUGGGGGGCCAGUGGUGGACUGCAGAGGCCUGUUAGAAAAUGAAGGCACGGUCUUUGACGACUCGGGGCCGGGGCGGCCUCUCAGCUGCUUCAUGGAGGAGCCGCUGCCGUACACAGACCCCACCGGAGCCGCCGGCGGGGGCAACUGCCGUGCCCUGGAGUCGCCCAACCAGGAGCAGAGGCUCCAAGCACAACGCGUCCGCAACCAGGACUCCCGGGGCCACGCACACACUCCCCAGAACCGACCACACGGCAACCAGACGCCCGAACUUCCAGAGGGUUAUGAGCAGAGGACCACAGUGCAGGGCCAGGUCUACUUCCUGCACACACAGACCGGCGUCAGCACCUGGCACGACCCCAGGAUACCACGGGACCUGAACAGUGUGAGUUGUGAGGACCUCGGCCCCCUGCCGCCGGGCUGGGAGGUCAGGAGCACGGUGUCAGGAAGGAUUUAUUUUGUGGACCACAAUAACCGAACGACACAGUUCACCGACCCCAGGUUACACCACAUCAUGAGCCAACAGUCUCAGGUGAAGGAGUCGACGCAGGCGCUUCCGGUGCAGAUGGAGGUACCGGUGGAGGAGGGCGGCGAGGGUGGUGAGAUGCCGGCGCGCUACGAGAGGGACCUGGUGCAGAAGCUCAAGCUGCUGCGCCACGAGCUCGCCCUGCAGCAGCCGCAGGCCGGCCACUGCCGCAUCGAGGUGUCCCGCGAGGAGAUCUUCGAGGAGUCAUACAGACAGAUCAUGAAGAUGAGGCCCAAAGACCUGAAGAAACGGCUGAUGGUGAAGUUUCGUGGAGAGGAAGGCCUGGACUACGGGGGAGUGGCGAGGUAAG